UGUAGAGGAAUUGGGUCAGGAGGACUAUGUGAGAGGGGGGUGAGUUCUUUUCAUCUCAAGAGCCCGGCCGCUCAGCAGAUUGGAAACUGCAGAUGGACGCUGCAACUGAGGCAGAAAAAACGCAGUAUCAGUUCUUCUACGAGAAAGCCUUGAAGAAGGAGGGGGAAGAGAAAGAGAGAGAGAGAAGGGAUAAGGUGCAGGCUCACGAGGCCGUCCUUAGCACCGUGUCCGCUCUGACUGAUGAGGAGGUGGAAGAGAAAACGGUUCCCCUCCUCAGAGCCUUAGCAGGCGUCCGGGUUGCUGAGGACCAUACUGGCCAACUCGCACAGGUGUUUAAGCAGCUCAAGGAGUUGCGCGAAGACAUGGCCAAGAUGGCGCAGCAGCACCGCGAUCAACUGCAACAGUUUGCUAGUUCGCAGCAGGCUCAAAUCGUCUCUCCACUCACCUACCCUGCUUCUAAUGCUGCGUGUCAGUCCAAUUUUGCCCCUCUUACUAUGUCUACUUCUUCUCCUUCUACUUCUUCUUCUUCUUUGAGUGUGGUUAACAGCCAAAGCGGAUCUGCAACAAGUCCAGACCCCGCUGCUGCUGCUGCAGCGGCAAGUGGUGGUGCAGGGACUUCUGAAACUGUUGCAGUCCCGAGUCCGGACCCAGCAAUGGCUGGGCCAGGCGGCAGCUUUGCUUACAUCGACAGGAAGGCGGCGCAGAUUCCGUCCAAGUAUGACGGAAAGGAAGACGUCGAGUCUUGGAUCAGCUCUAUGCGGUCCUACUUUGAUGUGGUGGGGACACCCCCGUCCACUCAGUCGUCUAUCCUGGGGACCAAUGUGGAGCCCGUCGUGUGGGGUUUCCUAGAAACCCAAGCUGUUCAAUCAGGCUAUAAGAGAAUAGACAUGAACAAAUGGUUGAAGGCUACGCCUACUACCACACUUGAGGAUCUUUUGAUCAAACAAUAUGCUGAUCCACAUGCUGCAGCUAAAGCAAGACUUAAGCUUGACAAGCUCAAGCACAGCAAGUGGACCGGCACCAUGCACAGCCUGCAGCAGUAUGUUAGUAAACUCUUUGCUACUCCGGAUUUGGAGAUGAUUGCGCAGUCCUGUCUGGAUGUGAUAAAAGGUGGGUGCAAGGUCUUCAGCAAGAUCAACCUCAAAUCUGGUUAUCACCAGAUCGAAGUCGAACCUGCCGACCAACACAAAACUGCAUUCAAAACUCGCGAUGGGCUGUACGAGUUUACAGUUAUGCCCUUCGGUCUCACGAAUGCACCAGCCACCUUCCAAAGUCUCAUGGACAAAGUGUUUCGCAAUCAGAUCAACCGAUUUGUUGUUGUAUAUCUGGAUGACAUUCUUAUCUUCAGCAAAUCAAUGGAGGAGCACAUGAGACACCUUGAGGAAGUGAUGCAGAUCCUCAAGGACGCGCAACUCCAUNUCUUCAGCAAAUCAAUGGAGGAGCACAUGAGACACCUUGAGGAAGUGAUGCAGAUCCUCAAGGACGCGCAACUCCAUCUCAACUUGGAGAAAUCUGAGUUUGGGAGGGACAGCGUCAUCUACCUUGGACAUCGGUUGUCUGCUGCAGGCCUAGAGCCCGAGGCAACCAAGGUUGAGGUCAUCCAAAAGUGGCCCCAACCUGCGAAUGUCCGCGAGUUGCGUUCUUUUCUUGGUCUUGCGUCGUAUUACCGUAAGUUUGUGCCUAAAUUUUCUAUCAUUGCCCGUCCAUUGUCUAGACUAACCAGCAAGAAUGUGUCCUACACAUGGGAUGAGGAGUGCACAACAGCCUUCGAAGCACUAAAGGAGGCUUUGGUGAGUCAUCCAGUGCUCCGCAUUGCAGAUCCCAAGCUUACAUUCGUAGUAACUACGGAUGCAAGUUUGUAUGGGAUUGGUGCAGUGCUGCAGCAAGAUGAUGGCGAUGGUUUACGUCCGCUGGAAUACUACAGCAAACGCAUGCCCAGCCACAAGGUAGCUGCCUUCACUUACAUGAGAGAGCUCUAUGCCUUGAGAGAGGCACUAGACCAUUGGAAACACUACCGCUUGGGUCGCCAUUUCAAAGUGUUCUCGGAUCAUGAGACUUUGAAGUGGAUUCAGACACAGAUAAACCCAUCAACUACACUGACCCGCUGGCUGCAUGAGCUUGAUGUGUAUGAUUUCGAACUCAAACACAAGAAAGGCUGCUAUAAUCGUGUUGCGGAUGCUUUGUCUCGCCACCCUGAGUACAUGACUUGCCUAGUGGGUUCCUACGAUCUUCGCAAGGACUUACAGAAGGAACUCAUUGAGCACACUGCCAAGGAUCCGGAAACCAUGAGCCAAUCAUCACUCACUUCUUGGAUUUGGCUCAUGGUCGGAGUGGACAUUUCGGUGUUGAGAAGACAUACGGGAAUCUGUUGGAAAAGUUUGUGUGGCCUGGUAUGAAAAGGAUGGCGCAAAGGUUUGUGGCUGAGUGUGAAGUUUGUCAAUGCAUUAAACCGUCUCGGCAGAAGCCUUAUGGGCUGUUGCACCCUCUUCCUAUUCCUGACGGUCCGGGGGAGUCUGUUUCUAUCAUAGCUACGCCGGACCGGACACCGGACCGAAUCCGGACCCCGCACCCCGGACCUCCUGGGCCCUUCUGGACUUCCGGAAAACCGGAAUAUUCCGGAAUAUC